AAGUUGGAUUGUAAAAUUGUACGCAUGUGGUUUUCCGUGGUAAUGUCCUCAUAUGUUAAUUUCAUGUCGUCAUUAUUAGGAAGGUCAUACCGAUCUUCUCCUUAUUAUAUAUUAGUUCCUCUCAUUUCCUUCUCCAUAAAUAUAUACAUGAGUCAUUUCUAAGUUUUAUAUACUCAUAAGUUCUCAUCAUGGCAAAUGAAAGUGAGAUGAAACUUUACCUCUUGCCAGAAGAUUGUAUGGUUCAAAUCCUCUCCUUCACAUCUCCUCAUGAUGCUUGUCAAUUGUCUUUGAUUUCGACUAUGGUUCGUGAUGCAGCUGUGUCUGACUUGUUAUGGGAGAAAUUUUUGCCCUCUGAUUAUCGAGAAAUCAUCGAAAGAUUAGUGUUGCCUAUUGUUUUUGCGUCAAAGAAAGAGCUGUUUCUCAAGUUCUUUAGCCCUCUCCUUAUUGAUGGUGGUAGCAAGAGCUUUUCAAUAGAUCGGGCAACGAGUAAAAAAUGUUACAUGUUGAGUGCAAGGGAGCUGUCAAUUACUUGGUCCACCAAUCCCCUCUACUGGUGCUGGAAACCCCUCCUUCACUCAAGCAGAUUUCCAGAAGGUGUGGAGCUUAUUAUGGUAUGUUGGCUAGAAAUCAAAGGAAAAAUAAACACUCGAAUGUUGUCACCUCGUACAACAUAUGGAGCCUACCUCAUUGUCAACCUGGCUGGUCGUGCUUUUGGCUUAGACUCCUUGCCAUCGGAGGUGUCCGUCAAUGUAGACAACCACGAAUCGAAAGGAAUCGUGUACCUACGCCGUAACUAUGCCAACAAUAGGAAACAAGAACUGGAAAUGGUGCUAAUGAGACACAGAGUCGAGACAUUGAGAUCAAGAGUUGAUAGAGGAGGCCAAGAGCGUUCGCUAUGCGAAAGAGCAGAUGGAUGGUUGGAGGUUGAAUUGGGUGAAUUUUAUUGUGAUGGAGUGAAUCACAAAGAAGUUACAAUGUGCCUUAAAGAAGUUAAAGGUGAGCACCUCAAAGGAGGGCUUAUUGUUGAGGGCGUUGAGCUUAGACCCAAGUAAUUCAAUCAAGGAUUUCUCUUUCUUUGAUUGUGUAUAAAUUAGUUUGUGAAAAAUCAUUCUUGUACAAUCAGAAUUUCUAGUGUGGAUGCUUGCAAAAGGAAGUGCUCUUUUCGAAUCAACAAUUUGAUAACGUUUUGAAACCUCA